GGUGGUGCUGGUGGUGCUGCUGCAGCCGCGGGCAGAGCCUUCCCCUCCCGCCGGGCCGGGCGGGGCGGGCUUCGGAGCAGAGAUGUCUCAGGAGCGGCCCAAGUUUUACCGGCAGGAGCUGAACAAGACGGUGUGGGAGGUGCCCGAGCGCUACCAGAACCUUUCCCCCGUCGGCUCCGGGGCCUACGGUUCCGUGUGCUCUGCCUUUGACACAAAAACGGGAUUGCGUGUGGCUGUAAAGAAGCUGUCCCGACCAUUUCAGUCUAUCAUCCAUGCCAAGAGGACCUACCGAGAGCUGCGGCUGCUUAAGCACAUGAAACAUGAAAAUGUGAUUGGCUUGUUGGAUGUGUUCACCCCUGCCAAGUCUCUAGAAGAAUUCAAUGAUGUGUACUUGGUGACGCACCUGAUGGGAGCAGAUCUGAACAACAUUGUGAAAUGCCAAAAACUCACUGAUGACCAUGUGCAGUUCCUCAUAUACCAGAUUCUUCGGGGACUGAAGUACAUCCAUUCAGCUGACAUAAUACACAGGGAUUUAAAACCUAGUAACCUGGCUGUAAAUGAAGACUGUGAGCUAAAGAUCCUGGAUUUUGGCUUGGCCCGACACACGGAUGAUGAGAUGACUGGGUACGUGGCUACCCGGUGGUACAGGGCCCCCGAGAUCAUGCUGAACUGGAUGCAUUACAACCAGACAGUUGAUAUUUGGUCAGUGGGAUGCAUUAUGGCUGAACUGUUGACUGGAAGAACGUUGUUCCCUGGAACAGACCAUAUUAACCAGCUUCAGCAGAUCAUGCGUCUGACGGGGACACCCCCUGCAUAUCUCAUUAACAGGAUGCCCAGCCACGAGGCAAGAAACUACAUUCAGUCUUUGUCUUACAUGCCAAAAAUGAACUUUGAAAACGUGUUUAUUGGCGCCAAUCCACUAGCUGUGGACUUGCUAGAGAAGAUGCUGGUUCUGGAUACGGACAAACGAAUUACCGCAGCAGAAGCACUGGCUCAUGCCUACUUUGCUCAGUAUCAUGACCCGGAUGAUGAACCAGUGGCAGACCCCUAUGACCAGUCCUUUGAAAGCAGAGAACUUGAGAUUGAGGAAUGGAAAAGCCUGACUUACGAUGAAGUCAUCAGCUUUGUGCCACCACCACUUGACCAAGAGGAGAUGGAGUCCUGAGAAACUGCUCUCUUCUGCUCGUCCCACUUCACUGUGAGGGGAAGGCCUUUUCGUAGGGACUCUCCAACUAUCAUUCAAGUGCCUCGUCACAAUAUUCUCCUUGGUGGAGGGGUUUUGUGUGUGUUGAACUGGGGGGGUGGGAGGGGGAGGGAAGAAGCUGAGUCUAUGUAAACAUGCUGCAUGCUCUCUUGUAUUCUGUGUCCAGCCUGGAGCAAGCCUCUGAAGAACCUGUUGUGCCCGCGCAUUAGUCCUGCCAGAGUAACAGUGCAGAAACAGUUUGCACUGCUGGGGCGAGGUGGGGAAGGUGAUGUUAAGUUUGGUUACAAUCAUUGCCAUUUAUCAAUUCUUCUACAACUGAAUAACCUCAAAAGAGUGGAAGUUGGUUUAUAGGCUUAGAGAGUCCUCUGUUUCCUACAGGACUGCAGGUGGUGUUGAGGGAUGUCCUUGCUCAAUGCCAGAUGGCUGAUUUAUGUCCAGGUCUUCCUGGUACAGUAGAGUGUACAGGCCUUCUCAUGUCCAGUUCAUGGAUCAUGAAAAGGUUUUGUUUGAACCUGUAAAUAUGUUUGUGCCUUAAAUGAAUGGGGAGAGAGGGGAAAUGAAGUCUAGAGCUGAAAUCUGACCUGCUGGAUUUUGGGGGGGGGGAAGGCUCCCAGAUAGUGAGGCAUGAACUCUGUGUUAUCUGGAAAUAACUUUCCAAGGCAGCAGCCUCUACCCCUGGAUUGAGUGUUCCUGUAUCUUUCCCUCUUGCCCUCCUCUCAUUCUGAGGCUUCCCAGCAUUAAUCCCCAGGAGACAGAGGCUGGAGAAGAUUCUUGCUAGCCACACAUUGGUGUAUUUUGUCCUUACAAGCUGGGGUGGUUUUGCAUGUCGUAGCUGUCUGUGCAUGUAGAGCUGCUUGAUUUUUCUCAUUACUUCUCGGGGAUGGCAGUGGGGCAGUUAAACCAUCAGUGAACACCGAGUACCUCAGCCAGUGCCAUGAAAUCACAGCAUCCUUCCUCAUGUGUUGCAGCUCAUUGUGAAAUACCUGCCAUGCUGGAGGCUCUGAGGAGGAAAGGAGAAAACAUAUGGCAUAGACACAUGCACCUUUUAGUUUGUUCUGACCUUUUGGUUUCAGAGGAGGAGAGGUUGGGAUGAAGGGUUUCUUGUGAGAUCAAAUGUAAAAUAUUCUAAGAACCAGCUAUGGCGUCUUGUGCCACAACUUAAGUUAUUUCCUGACAAGAUGUUUUUAGAAGUAUUGGAAUCCAAAGCAAAGAAAUAAGCAUGCAUAAAUCCACAAUCUCCCUUUUGCUGUCUAUAUCUAUAAAUAUAAAUAUUUAUAUAUAAAAACCUAACAUUUACUAAAGGUUGUGGGUUUUUUUUACCCUCUUGGGUAAGAGCUGCUUGGCUGUUUUUGAGCAGGUUGAUCUCUGCCUGAGGAAACACGAAAAAGGGAGUUUGUUUGAAUGCAAACGUAGUUCAGAUACUUUGAAUUUUAUAGGACUCCGCAUGAGUGAAACACCCAGAGGUAGAGACCUGCAGGAAGGAGGUUUCCCAGCAUGUGUGUGUGCUGGAACUGCACCUGGGGAGCUCAGGAGCCCAGUUUUAGGACUUCAAGGAGAUGGUUUUAGACAUUUAUGUGUGGACAGUGUAGUUGUGUAUGUGAGGAGAAAGGCUUUUGCAGUAUUUUGUACCCUUGUUACCUAUGGGAUGGAGAGGAAUCGUUAGUAGUGUUUUUUACCCUGUUUGGAGAGGCUGCACAAAGGGAUGGGACAAUUGAUUCUUCAUAGGCCUCUUUCCAGUUAUCUCUUCAGGUCAAACACUUUAUUAAGGUGUGAGGUGAGGUGAAGAGAGCAGUUACGUCAUGCUCUGGGAUAAAACUCUCCUCAGCCCGACAAAAUCAAGAUACAAACCCCUCCCUUUUCUGCUGGACCAGCAGUCCAGGAAUCCAAAUGAAAAUGUAGAUACACUCUAAACCUACAGCAAGAUUAUUUUUAAUCUGCCAUUUUAUGUGUAGAUGCUACAGUGUGGUUUUGUGCAGAUAUUGCUAAAGAUUUUAAAACCCAAUCUAGACAUUGUGUGUGUGUCUGUGUGUGUGUCUGUGUGUGAGUGGGAAUGUUCCAUCCGGAGCUUGUCCUUGGAGGCAGACCAUGUGGGAUGCACUCCCUUGCCUGCAGUGCAGCCUGAACAGGACGCACUUGCAAGAAGAGAUCUGCUCUUUGGGUUCUAUCCAUGAACUUUGCUGUAAUUGGUUAUGACAGAGAAUAUGUCGUGAUACCACUGGUUUAAAAAAUAAAACCUAUUUUUCAGA